AUGAUGACGAUGAUGAUGAUGCAGCGACUGAUGUGCCAACAGCAACAGCAGACGCAGCAGCACCCGCAGCAGCCGCAGCAGCCGGCGGGCGCGUCGCCGGUGGAAGACCCCGCGCCGAGGCUCUUCUCGUUCGGCCAGCACCACCACCUGCACCACCACCACCACCACCAGCACCACUUCGUCUCGGCCAAGCAGCCGGCAGACUCGCCGCCGGCCGAGGAAGCCUCUCCGGCGCCGAGCGCCGCCGUCGCGAGAGACGACGCGUCGGCGGCAGCGGGGGCGGAAGAGCGGCCGGCGUCGCAGCCGGGCGACGCCCCCGCGGACGAGGAGGAGGAGGAUGCGGCCGACGACGACGACUGCAGCGAGGAGCUCAACGUGGAGGACGAGCCGGCGGCGGCGCCGGUGGACCUGACGGCGCGCCAGCUGCAGCUGCCGGGGGCGGCGCGGCUCGACUCGCCGUGCAGCAGCUCGCUGCCGUCGCCCUCGACGCAGGGGCCGACGCCGGCCGACGACAAGCUGGCGCCGCACUACCGCCGCCCGGACAGCGUCUCCAGCAUCGGCUCGCUCACCAACGACGUAGCGGCGACGCCCGCGGGGGCGGUGGCGGCCGCGGCGCACCAGCGCAGGCUAGCCUUCUCCGUCGAGAACAUCCUCGACCCCAACAAAUUCACCGGCCGCACCGCGCCCGCCGCCGCCAACAACAACGCCCCCGCCGCCGGCUGCUGUUGGAGGCCGCACGUGCUCGUCGACUCCAGGUCUCCCGACCACGGAAAGGAGCUGACGGGGGACGAGGACGACUCUUGCGGCGUGCGGGAGGACCUCUGCAGCGACGCGUCCGACGACAAGAGCGCCUCUGGCGGCAGCAGCAAGAAGAAGAACGGCAAGCCGCGGCGCGCGCGCACCGCCUUCACGUACGAGCAGCUGGUGGCGCUGGAGAACAAGUUCAAGACGACGCGCUACCUGUCGGUGUGCGAGCGCCUCAACCUGGCGCUCAGCCUGUCGCUGACGGAGACGCAGGUGAAGAUCUGGUUCCAGAACCGGCGCACCAAGUGGAAGAAGCAGAACCCGGGCAUGGACGUGAACUCGCCGACGGUGCCGCCGGCGGGGCCCGCGGUCGCCGGCCCGCCCUUCGGCGGCUCGCCCUACUCGCACCACCAGCACGGCGGCCUGCUGUACGCGCCCUACCCCUACUCGCUGCCGGGAGCCGGCGCCGCCGCCGCCGCCGCCGCCGCCGCCGCGCCGCCGCCGUCCCAGCCGUACGGCCACCCCUACUUCCACUCGCUGGCCGGCCACCACUCGCUGGGGCACUCCUCAUGA